GUGUGGGGGGGGGGGGGGGAGAAACAUAGAGACGGUAUGACAGAUAUUUACAUGGAGAGAUAUUAUUAGAUAGACGAAGAAAAGUGGAGGGUAUUACUGGAAAUUACAAAUAAGCGACACGUGUCGACGCGUACACACACACACACACACACACACGUACUGUGAGAGUGACGCGCUUGUAGAUUUUGGUAGCCUAUUUCUGACUUGAUAGUUUGACUUUCACUUAACGGUAACUGAACCACCGCGCCAUCUGAGCGCAUUCUUGACACCGCCCCGCACCAGGACCAGCUCGACCGCAGGUCUCCGUUAUCUUUAGUAGAACAUGUCUGCCUCCAAUCUCUGUGGAAUUUUCGUCCUUCUUUCAUUGUCAGUGUUUCAAUGUUUUGCCCUAAACGAAUCCCCCCCAGAUCCAGCCUGUGCAGACCUGCUGCAGAUCAGCCCCUCCAGGCUGGUGGUGAGGUACGAAGACCCAGCCUCGGCCCUCUGCACCAUCACCCAGGAUGCCGUAGACCCAGACCUGUUCAGCUGGGAGGCUUCUACGGGCCACACGCUGAUCUCUGGGCCUAGAAACAGAACCUGGAAGGUGGACAAGGUUGACCAGUGGGACAUGGCACCUCAGUGUUACAGCAACUUCCUUGUGAAGAACGAGGAUGUCCAGUGUAACACACGGCUGAACGUUACUGUUUACCAGCCUCCAGACAACAUCCAGCUGCUAGCAGAGAUGGAAGGAGACAUGGUUGAGGGUAGAGAGUACACAUUUAACUGCUCUAUAGAGAAGGUUGCUCCCAUCCAGGAUCUCAAGGUACGGUUCUACAGAGGAGACACCCUGCUGGACACCCAGGUGCCUAAUGAAACCACAGGGCUCAAGCCCCAGAGUGCAGCCUUCCCUCUGACCGUGACAGCCAGGGAGGAGGACGAUGGCUCGGAGGUGUGGUGUGAGGCCAGCCUGGACCUGGACCUGGAGGACAGACCUGUGAAGAAGUCUGCAAGAGUCAGGACCAGUGUGCUCUACCGCCCCAGAAUACAGACGCAUCUAGAUUCAUAACCGCCAGUCAGCAUCACUGAAGGAGACACUCUGGAACUAAACUGCACAGCGCGAGCUAAGCCCACCCCCUCAUACUCCUGGACAAUCCCCCAAGGUCUUGGCCACACCCUCAAUACAUCGGUCCUCAUCCUCCAUGACGUGAAGCACACAGGAAAUUACACGUGUACUGUCCAGAACAGCCAAGGGACUGAUGCCAUAACGUACCUGGUGGAGGUCAAAGUAAACAGGCUCUCCUGGCUCUCCUGGCUCAUUGCAGGGCUGGUGGGGGCGGUAAUAUUGAUUGUCAUAUCAUGUUUCAUAUACAAGCGCCACUGCAAUUAGAUCAGGACCAGAUGCUAUGACCUUUUCCAAUCACUGAGGGGCGCCAGCAAUCAUGUGGAUCUGUCCAAUGGGUCUCCUCUGUAGGCCGGGGCUUAGGGAGGUUGACUGGAACACUUUUUGGUUGUUUUAGCCAAUUUGGUUGUUUAUUAACAAUUAGACCGUUUUUGACUUUCAGUCAUGUAAUGUCAAAUGAAGAGUCAACCCCCCCCCCCCAACCCUCUAGAGUCAAAAGUAGAAAACCGAGACAACGCCACCUAAGUGAAAUCGAUUGAAUACAUUUAUCUGCCGUUAAACACCGUUUGAGUUUGUUUAACGAUGAUUAAACAGUCAAACAAUGAAGAGACGAAAACAUUCUUUAGCUCUGGAAGUUGUCUGUGGGAGACAGAGUGGAAGACAAAACAGUGAACUCGCUGUCUGCCAUUGGUGUCUGCCAUUAGGAUUAUCAUGCAGUCAAGUCUACCGCUUCAGUAGGCUUGGGCUACAACUGUUACUUCAGGAU